GUGACUUCUGUCAAAUUUUGGACAUUUUACUUGACGUUUCAUUUUCAUUCAUUCUUUCCUCGAAAUUUCCUAGCUUUUAUACUAAUUUUUUAAAAAUUAAAAAAAAAACUUGAUUUAUGUUAAUUUAGUACCUACAUUUUAUAAGCAAAAAGACUCUACUAUGACCAGGGCAAGCAUUGAAUUGGGCAAUGUAACACCACAUAACAUAAAACAGUUAAAAAAAUUAAACAGCGUCGUUUUCCCAGUAUCUUACAACGAGAAAUUCUACAAGGAUGUCUUAGAAGCCGGUGAACUUGCCAAAUUGGCUUAUUACAAUGAUAUUGUAGUUGGAGCAGUUUGUUGUAGGAUUGACACAGUAGAGAAAUCAAGGAAAUUGUAUAUUAUGACUCUGGGCUGUUUGUACCCAUACAGACGACUUGGUAUUGGCACCUUAAUGGUACAGCAUAUUUUAAACUAUGUGGAAGAAGAUGGAAAUUUUGACAGCAUAUUCUUGCAUGUUCAAGUAAACAACAAGGUGGCCAUAGAUUUCUACAAAAAAUUUGGCUUUGAAAUAGUGGAGACCAAAGAACAUUACUAUAAAAGAAUAGAACCUGCUGAUGCGCAUGUUCUGCAAAAAACACUUAGGAAACCACAACUGAAUGGAAGCAUAGAAUAAAGUGUUAAGUUUAUUAUUAUUUAUUUUUUAUAUGGUUUUGUUUUUAAUGCCUCAUUCAUGUAAUAAAAUAUCUUCUUUCAAGUACA